AACAGAGCUAGACAACAUUAAGGAUUUGAUCAAAUUCGAGAAUCAAAAAGCUGUUUACUCUUCAGCGGCAGCAAAAAUUCUUUACGGACAUAAAAAAUUGCAAGAAUUCUUCGAUGAGAUGGCAAAAACUAUUUGCUCAAACGAAAAUCAAUGCAAACGCGCAAAGGCAAGGAUUGCACUCCGUUAUGUAAGGUAUUUUGAUGUACAAAAAUACAUCCAUCAAAUAGUUCAUGGCGCUACAAAAAAAACAUCAGAAUUUGGAGAGCCACUUCUUCAUCUGGUUAAGACGACAUCACAGUGUCACAUUCCAAAGAUUGACCGAUUCUCAAACGGCAUCCUAAAGUUGUCAUUCAAAGCACACCAAAUAAUAUUGGCUCAUGAAAGGCUUACAGGUACAAGAACGAGCAUCACAAACAGCAUUUACACUUGGCUCCAGAGCAUGUAUCAGCUUAGAGACGAGACACAGGCAGUGAAACAGGCUUGCUUCAAGGAUAUGAAAACCAGGAUGAUCAAAGAAAUCAACAACAAAAAAUACCAGGUUGGUUUUUCUUCAAACAAUGCAUCUGCCAUCAAACUAAAAGAAUUCUUGGACGAUAAGUAUCCAUGGCUUGGAUGGAUUGUGUACUCAUAUGGAGCCUACGGUGGAUCUAAACAUAAUUUCUACAAUGUCAACGGUCUUUUUUGGAACAGUCCAAAAAAAUGAAAGGAAAUUUGGAACAGAAUGAAAGGAAAAGAAAUAUUAUUGUCAGCUUCACUGAUAAACAUGGGAAAUAUUCAAAUGGAAGGCACAAGGUCUAUCUUGCAAUCGAAGACAUAAAAGAAAAGGUAAACUUCUACCUUGCACGUGACGACGCGUAUAAGAUGUUACCUGUUUUUAUUAAGGAAUUCGAAAAAAGAGACGUGAUGAAGUACAUUAACAGUAUUGGUUUAUUAAGAGAAUACGAUAGUUACGCUAUCACGGCAGACAAUGAAUUGACAUACAUUGACGAGGUGCAUCUUUUCACAUCCCGCGAGCGUAGUCAAUCAUAUGUGGAUUCCCGCAGAGGUGAAAUUCGCUACCAUACGACGGAAGACAAAGUACGAGUUGUGAUAACUUUGAAGUCCGAAGAGCAAGUGUCUGGAGUAAAAUGCAGUCUAGAAUGCAGUAGUCAUGGUCGUUGCAAAGAAAUGCCAUUCUCAUCUGCUAGAUAUUGCCAGUGCAAGCCCUUUUAUCAAGGACAAAAAUGUGAAGACAAGGUGAAAGCAAAUCUGGCUAAGACAAUGGAUGCAAUGCUAGCAAAAACUCUCAAACUACCGAUGCUAAGUGACAUUGCGUAUGACAUCAAGGAUAUGCGUGAAUACGUUGGGGUGGGCAUUGGUGCAUUGCAGGCAGCUGUCAGUGAGUUGGAGGAGAAAUUUCAACGUGCUUACGAUAAAAUUUCACACCAAUUAUCAAGCCAGUUUGAAUGGGCCAAUCUCCUUACCCUUUACAGCUCCUCACUCCAAAACAUCAAACAAUACGCUCUUCGAUUUGAGACUUUGCCAAAAAGAUACGCAGACAUAAUGGAAGAGGAAGGUAGGAAGUUGGCAACAGCAGUGCUUGCACCAAAUGGCAUUGAGAGGUGGCUAACCGACGUCAACUUUCUCCUUAUCGGAAGAUCUGGUGUACCAUUGCUGAAACAUAAGCCAAUGCUUAUCCUCUUCAUGAACAAAUACAAAAACCAAGCUUGUUUAGACUCUUAUAAGAAUGCAGUUAGUAGUGCAUGGAAGCAGUUGGUUCUUCUUCAAACAAUUGGCUUCAUGGUCUGGGCUCAAGCCUUGGAGUUCAAUGACAGAGGUCCUCACAGAAUCGUGAAUUUAUACAAACAAAGAACUGAUUUACAGAUGGCAAAGUUCAAAUCAACAACAUGUGAGUACCAAGUUGCAAAUUCUGAGAACAUUCAGUGCGCAGGGGGCAGGUACUUGCAUCCAGGGCUGACAAUAAAAAACAAGUGUAAGCCCAAUUAUUAUGCAACUGGAGAAUUAACAACCAAUUGCAUAAAGAGAGGAGCGACCUGUAGGCCAUGUGGAUGCAACAGCAGAGGCUCGAGGAGCCUUCAGUGUUCUGACACCACCGGAAAAUGCCAGUGUCAUAAUGGUUUUAAAGGAAACAAAUGCAAUAAUCGUGACUGCGAAUGGUAGGGUUGGUCAAGUUGGUCUGGAUGUUCUAAGGCAUGUGAUUAUGGGAAAUCAUCACGAGCCAAAGGUCAUCGACGAACACGACAAGGCCAAGGAAAGCCAUGUACUGGAGAAAGUAAACAGAUUAAAACCUGCUUUAAUCGCUGCUGUAGUAACCAAUUUCAUUGCUCAAAUAGGAAAAAGUGCAUUCCGUGACUAUGAUAAUGACUGUGGCGAUAAUCAGGAUGAGCAGUCUUGUCAAGAGCAGUGCACAACUAAGUAUACUGCAUGGGAUGAGCAUGGAGGCGGAAAUUCUAUAUUCUUAGACAGGCAAAAACUUGACUGUGGCGGCCAGGGCCAGGUGUUAAAAAUGUUUCAUUUGGAAGCAAGACCUGACCAGAUUCGAUACAAAUACAAGUGCUGCAAGCUGAACAAGCCGACUAUGUGUACCCCCACAAGUCACUCAACUGGUUACACUUAUGAUGGCAAAGGCGACACUUUCUUCCUUGAUCGACAAACACUUGACUGUAGCAAGAAUGGUUAUCUAAAUGGUUAUUGGCUUAGGAGAAGCGGCAGAAACUUCAAAUAUGACGUCAAGUGCUGUAAGCUGCAGAUCAGAAGAUAUCGUGAGAGGACUCAUUGCGAGACAGCAAACACCCGAGCAACCGAUGGUGGCAACGGCAAGAACUUCUUCUUAGACAGGCAAACAGUCGAGUGUCCAGGAAGGCGCUUCUUGAGUCAUUUCAAACUUGAAAGGAAUGGUCCGAAAUUGUGGUACAAAUACACGUGCUGCGAAGUAAGAAGCUGAAAAAAGAAGUAGAUGGUGACUUUGCUUUGCUAUUUUUAUUUGCCUUUGAUUAAUCAAGUGCGGAAAAAGUUUAGAAAACAAUCUUUUUUUAAUAUAAACUGAUGCGGGGAAUAAUAAUUGUCAUUUUUAGUGUGAUCUUGGUAAAAGAAAAACAACUUAUCGAGGGUCGCUAAAAAUCAUUGCAAGCUCUUCAGACAAUUGUUUUGUUGAAACUGAUUCAGCUGUUUUCUGCUAGAAGCAUUUAUUACAUAUUUAAACAAGUGCUUAAAAUACUUGGAAAAAAUUAUUCGAAUCAAAGCUGACGUGAGGAAUAAUAAUUGCCUUUCUUUGGUGCGAUC